AUCGUCUGAGGGAAAAAAAUAGUGCAGAAGGUGACGCUCCUCCAAAGGAACAGAGAGUGGCUCAGUGAGGGAAAAAGGCUCAGUGAGAGAGAGAGAGAGAGAAAGAGAAAGCGAGAGAGAGAGGGAGGCAUCUCCAUUGAAACAUUUUGGAAAAAAAAAAAAGGGGGAGACAGAGGAAGAUCUGAAUGGUAGCUACACCCUGCGCCUGGAAGCGUAGAGACACUGUAACAAAGGCUGGCAAUUAUUUUUGGCAAUAACAAAGAGGUGGGAGAGGGACUCUGAAACCGAGGAAAAUAGCAAAGAGAGAAAAAAAAGAGCCAGUUUUCAGAGGGACUUUUGCUUCAUUUCAUCCGAAAAGACUCAUCCCUUUGCCAUCAUCAGCAUGACCAUAAGCUAUAAGAAACAAUCGGCAAUAACGAGAUUUUUUUAAGCAACAGUCGCGUGCAGUCGUGUAUGUUGGUUUAUUAGAAUCGUUCUUUGGGGAAAAUAAAACAAAUCAUCUGAAUGCCUGCGAGAAACUGGAUACUCUGUGAAAUCUUAAGCAAAGGGAGAUUUAACAAAGAAAAACUACAUUUUGAUUGAUCUGUAGGCUUGAUGUGCGUGUCUCUGCACGCGCUCGAAACGAACCUGAACCAAAAGCAAACUCCUCAGUCUCCUCCCUCCUCCUCCCUUCGGUUUCUCUCAUCCUCUCCCUCCCCCCCGGUCCUCUAUGCUCAGUUCGGUGUGUGUAUCCUCUUUCAAAGGGCGCAAGGGUGGGAACAAGUCGUCCAACAAAGCAUGUUACAGCGCAGACAUGACUUGUCCGUCAGAGAGCGAGAAGAUCGUGAUAAAUUGCGGGGGGGUGCGGCAUGAGACCUACCGGAGCACCCUCAAAACGCUACCUGGUACCCGCUUAUCGUGGCUUACCGAGCCUGACGCGUUCAGCAACUUUGACUACGACCCGAAAUUAGACGAGUUCUUCUUCGACCGACACCCGUCAGUCUUCUCCUUCAUCCUCAACUAUUACCGCACUGGGAAGUUGCACUGUCCCAACGAUGUGUGCGGCCCCCUGUUCGAGGAGGAGCUGGCCUUCUGGGGCAUCGACGAGACGGACGUGGAGGCGUGUUGCUGGAUGAAUUACCGGCAGCACCGGGAUGCGGAGGAGGCACUGGACAGCUUCGAGAAUCCAGAGCCGGACGCGCCGGACGACGACCCGGCUUUGGGAGGUGCGGACGGGGACUUGAAAAGACUGUGCAUGCAGGAGGACGCUAGAAAAGCGGGCUGGUGGAAAACCUGGCAGCCCAGAAUCUGGGCACUCUUUGAAGACCCCUAUUCGUCCAAAUAUGCCCGGUAUGUGGCAUUUGGCUCCCUAUUCUUCAUCCUCAUCUCCAUCUCCACUUUCUGCAUGGAGACACAUGAGGCCUUUAACACCAUCAUCAACAAAACAGAGACCGUUUUGGUGGGCAACGUGACACAUGACGAGAUCGUGUACGAAGUAGUAACCGACAGCUGGUUGACGUAUGUGGAGGGAGUGUGCGUCAUCUGGUUCACCAUUGAGGUCCUGCUUCGAGUCACCUUCUGCCCUGACAAGUUGGAGUUCUUCAAAAGUUCCCUCAACAUCAUCGACUUUGUGGCCAUCCUGCCCUUCUAUCUGGAGGUCGGCCUAAGUGGUCUGUCCUCCAAAGCUGCCAAGGAUGUCCUGGGGUUCCUCCGCGUCGUCCGAUUUGUCCGUAUUCUCAGAAUCUUCAAGCUUACCCGCCACUUUGUGGGCCUCCGGGUCCUUGGCCACACCCUUCGUGCCAGCACCAAUGAAUUCCUCCUGCUGAUCAUCUUCUUAGCCCUUGGUGUCCUCAUCUUCGCAACUAUGAUCUACUAUGCGGAACGAAUCGGAGCAGACCCAGACGACCCAACUGCCAGUGCCCACACCAACUUCAAGAACAUUCCAAUCGGUUUUUGGUGGGCUGUCGUAACCAUGACCACACUGGGUUAUGGAGAUAUGUACCCAGAGACGUGGUCAGGGAUGCUGGUGGGUGCGCUGUGUGCCUUGGCUGGUGUGCUGACCAUUGCUAUGCCAGUUCCUGUUAUUGUCAACAACUUCGGCAUGUACUACUCUCUGGCCAUGGCCAAACAAAAGCUCCCAAAAAAGAAGAACAAACAUAUCCCUCGAGCACCACAACCAGGGUCACCCAACUACUGCAAGCCAGAUGCCCUUGCUAUGGCUACUGCAUCACCGCAAAGGCUCUUGGGAAAUGUCCUAGGUGGUGUGAUUGGCUCUGGAGGCAUGGCGGGUGACUGUCCUCUCGCACAAGAAGAAAUUAUAGAGAUUAACAGAGAUUCCAAACAGAACGGUGAUGCAGCCUCGGCUGCGCUGGCUAACGAGGACUGCCCCACCAUUGACCAGGUGCUGAGCCCGGACGAGAGGAGCCCGAUUGGUCGAGGGACUACUCGGGAACGCUACCAGCAGGACCGCGCCUGCUUCCUGCUCAACACCAGGGAAUUCCGUGCCACAGAUGGGAAUGUGCGGAAAGAGGCAGCAGCCCUGGCACCCAGCCCAGACUCCCCUCUGACUGAGGAUUGGUUUAAGAUGGAAGGGUCUCUGUUACAGCAGGACCUCAAUGCAAACUCCACCUCCUCCUGGAUCAAACCAUAGACCAGAGUGUUAAGUUUCUAGCAUUCGCCUUUUCUCUUAUGAGGAGUCAGUAAGCGGUAAACACAAAUUUGCGGCAGGAGCCACGUAAGCGACCUGUGUGACACGGAUGGACGGUGUAAAGGAGUUCUUUGGGUUGACAAGAGAGAGACCAGAGGUUAAUCACGAAUUAAAAAAAAAAAUAUCACAUGGUCUGCUCCUCAAGUUGUUACCAAAGCAGCCUCUUGGAACUCUGACUUCAUUUAGACAACUGUCUGGCAGACAUUUUUUCCCUUUUUUGGGCAAACUGACUGAGCAUUGCACUGACACACUUUUGGAGAGAAAAGGACUCCUGUUUACACAUUCCAGAUGACAUAUCUCCAACAACAUUAUACUCGCCAUCUUGUAUGAUGACCAACUCAGCACCAUCCACAGUGCUGAACAACUGAGCAACUUCACCAGUUUCCGAAAAAAAAACAAAAAAAACACUUGUCUUCAUAGAAGACACUGAAUGAUCAAUGUAGCAUCUCUGCUAACAUAUUGUAGCAUUUGUUGGCGGGGAAAUAACUUGACUUAUUCCAUCAAUAGUUGAAGAGAGGGGAAUUUAUGCAUUCAAAGGAUCUUAAGAUGUCAUUUUUCUCUUGGGUUCCUUUCAAGUGAAGGACACAUAUACGAGUACAUGAGAGACAAAGGAUUGGUCUUGCUCCUUAAAACAAUUGACUUUCCAAAAAGAUGCACUGAAUUCUAACAGGGCCAAUUGAAUCAAGCCCAAUUGCACACAAUUUAAUUAUGAACAUACUAAAGUCCCCCAUUCAAGUUAAGCUCUUACAACGCACUGUUUGCCACUGAACUUAUGUCUUCCAUUAGCUUCUAUUAGUCUGAAACACUGCCCUCUUUACAAAUAUUGAGAUAAUCAAAAACAGCACUAACUAUGAAGUUGAACAAAUGAAGCACAUGUAGCAUCAGCUCAAACAGGUCAUGUAUAGCAUUAAGCAUACAUUUACACUCAACAUUCACCAUGAGAACAUGGUAGAUAAGACCUAUCUUUAUCUCUUAUGUACGUGCUUGGGCUUGCCCUAAAAUUCAUGGGGAGUGCCGGAGGUCCUGUAGCAUGCACUUGCUAAAUGACCUUCUGUAAUGUAAAGUAGAUAAGGGGGAGUAUUUCAUUUAGGUUGAGGUUUCCACUCAACCUUGUGCUGGCCAUUGCCUUUAUUCAGUAAAUAAUCAUUCCUACAGUCUUUUCACUGCCACUUACAUCCUGCCUAUAUGCACAUUUAAAGUACUUUCCCAAUGUCUGACUGACCAAGUGCUCAGACAUAAGGAGAAAAAAAAGAUGGACCAAGGAGACAAAAUAGAAGUCUGACUUACCAUCAGCCUUUCUUCAAUAUCAAUGGAUAUUGGCCUGCCUAAAUUACAAUGAAAACUACAUUCCAAACACAAAACACUUGUGUUAUGUUGCACAAAACUGCCCAUUUGCUGAAAAUUCUGUUACUAAUUUUGAACGGGACCAAUCAGAUAACAACCCCCCCCCCCCCCCCUUACACUGGCCUACACUGCCAGAUCGGCACAAGAAUUCCCAGACAAAUACUGCCCAAUCCCUCUCUUGUCCCUGUUGCUGCCGAUGACUGCUUGACAGGGAAGUUGAUGCUGGGAUAGAGAUGGCCCAUCAGGGGAGCCCUUAGGCAAAGGGGGAAAUGAGAUGGAAUGGACCACGAGUAGUGCAAGUGUGGAAAUGUACAAAGAGAACAAAUCUAUAUUUUGAUAAACAAAUCAACUAUCCAUGGCUUUGGAGGAAGUUUAUGAUCAGAAAAGGUCCUGAAUGGAAAGAAGAAAGAAAAAAAUCAGAUGCAAAUCUUAAAAAAAAAAAAAUUGGCAUCAUGAAAUGGAGUCAAAGUCUGAGAAAAAAAGAUGAAACGCAAAUAUUUUGUCAUGGAGGGUUGGCAAAAUUGUUUCCCCCACAAGCUCUGAGAAUAUUUUAUUUUGAAGGACAUUGAGCAAUGACAGACUCUUGCCAACAAAGACACUGGACAAAGGAUUUGACGCUGAGAUAAACAAAUUAAGAAAAAAAAAGAUACUGCAUUUUUGUAACUUUGUUUACCAGCAUGACUACUUUGCAUGACUGUCUUUUCUGCAAGCCCUUAGUUGAAGACAAGGGUGCUAGAGAUACAAAAAAGUAUAUAUAAAAUGAAUUAAAAAAAUGUUAUAUGCAAUUAAUGUUUAAAAAAGAUUAUAAUGAAAGAGAAGAGCUAUAUUUUGUUUUGAAAAGUAAAAAAAAAAAUGUGAAUAUUGGAACGUGUAUGUUUGCAAAGUACACCCUGAACUAUGUUUUGUUUGAUGAAAUCUCUCUGCUACUACUGCCCUACAUCCCUCAUUCAAGUGUUUUCAGCCGCUGCCAUAGUUUAUUAUUUAUCCAGAGUAUUUCAUUUAUAACCAUUCAAUUGACAGUGAUCACUCAAGACUUUGCCAAACUAUGGGUAUUGCGCAAGGAAACUGUUUUUCAUCACAAAGUUUGUUUUUCUCCUGAAAUCAUUGCACAACUACCGUAGCAGCAGCAGCAACAAGCAGCAGCAGUCCUACAACAACAGCUCUCCAUACCGCAACUAUGAAUGCUUGAUUAGUACUCAUUGUUUGCUUUUUUUCUUUGGCAAUAAUACAAAAGUUGUCACAUGAUUGUAGCAGGGCAAACAGAGAACCUCGAGAGUAUCUUCAACGCCUCAGUGUUAAGAGAUUCAAAGCCUUGAAUGUCUCGUGGCAGGAUUUUGCUGGGAUCGGCAGUUUUGUUUCGCUAGCCCUUAGUAGAAAAAAUACAAGUGCAGGUUAUCCAAUUAGGAUGAAUAAAAGACUAUGAAAUAUACAACACUGGCGAACAAUCAAGAGAGAUUUCCGGUUUGCAUGGAACCAACUGCCAUUCCAAAGUUUGUGUGUGGUUUAAAGGACUCAGGUGUGUCGAUGGUGUGUGUGGACGUAGGUGUUUGCUAUUUUCUUUCCAACAUAAGAAAUUUUAGUAUAUAUUAGAUGAUGAUAAUGUUAACACCUCACAGUGAUGUGUAAAAAACGCAUGCAUUAUGACUUGAUGAUCUCUCGAGGGGGAGCAAAGUCUUGACAUAUUCCCUUAGCCUCCUGUCAUUGUUUGUCAUGAAUCCAGUCUUGAUAACUAUGAACACUGUGCCGUGUCGUAGAGCAGAAACGUCUUCCUCCAAGAGGCAACUGAAAACUACUCACACUCACGGUGUCGACAUGAGUGUGUAGAGGUAGCUCGUCUUAGUUUUAUUUUAGAUGGUCAAGUCUUUGCAUCGUCAUUAACUGUGGAGUACACGUGUCAUCCAGCUGGCUUGUUGGCAGCUCAUUACCGCACAUAAGUCAUGUGAGCACCAAACAAAGAGACCCAGAGCUUCCAAAAUGAUGUCAGUGAAGUACUUUUAAGUGUUGCGAAAAAAGAGAGGAUGAGAGGUACCAGUGUCCACAGAGGGAGAUUGAUGUAAAAAAAAAAAAAAAAAAAAAAAAAAAAAAAUACAAUGUUACUAAAAAAAGCAUCACAAAGUUGAGUGCUCUCCAAGCACCUCAACCAUGGUUAGGUAUUCAAAGUAAGUUUCAGGCCCUGCUGGUCCAGGGUUUAGUACAGGCAGCUGAAUGGUCCUCUGUCCAUUCUUAGUACAUAAUGUAAAUGGAGGGUCAGCAGAAUAAUAGAGACUCAGUGUUGUUAUAUAGACUAUUUAAGGUUUUACAGGUUAUAAAACUUCUAUUUCCAUUAAUAGUUGAUGGGAUUGUGUUAUGGUCCCUUGUCUUUAAGAACUCCCAAAUUCACUUCCCAUUCUGAAAGGCAUUAAGCAACAAUGGCUUCAAUGGUCACAAAGAUGUUUAUGAAUAUUUCAGAGGUAAACUUCUAGCAAUGUUGUGCACACUUGCAAAAACGUUGUGCUUCAACCAGCUGUUUUUGUAUUUUCAUGGCCAAGUGCUGUCUUUUUUUUUGUCUUUCCUUGUUUUUCACUGUCGAGUUUGUCAUUUUCUUCAUUCUCUACAUUGUGACUGCUCUGCCGAAACCAGGCUAAAAAAGAUGUCUUUCCUUUUUUCUAUCGCAUAAUACUGCCAUUUGAUUUAGUCAUGUUGAACAGAAUGAGUUACAAUGUUGAGAGUGCUAAGUCUGUUUUAUCUGACUAAGUUUCCAAUCUGUUACAGAAUGUUAAAGACUUCAUACACAGUAACCAAAAGAACAAAAUGCUUUAUAUGGUAAGUAGGUGCCACUGUUUAACUGCUACUUUGUGUUGUAACAUGAUCAUGUCCUCUCCAGGUGUUUGGAAGGUAUUGUGUGGUCCUUGGAUGACAUGUUUUCUAUGACAUAUAAUUUGUUUUCUUUAUCUGCCUGUUUCUGUUCUUUUUUCCAAUCACUGAGGACACUGUAUGCAAUCUGCACCAUGAAUGCCACUGAUAGACACUUACUGUAUUCUCCCUGAGACACAGAUGUUCUGUCAUCAGUUGAGAUGAUUGCAACACACGUGUGUAGUGGCUUUAUGGCUUUCCAUAAAGUGACUUGGCAAUCACACUUAAGCUAAAAAAAAAUAUUUUAUUUUACAAAGUUAUAAAACCAGAGUUGAUUUAGAGGAGAUGUUACCAUACUGAAUAGAUUUUCUAAUAUAUUUAAUAUUAUUUUAAUUAGAAAUAAUGUGAAAAACACAAAGGUCAUAUCAAUAUACAUAGAUCUAAUAAUACAGGCUGAGAACAUGCAUUCAUGUAAGCAUUCCAAAGAUAAAAGUUGCAUGUUCAUUUCACAUGCCAUCAAAUAGUAUAAAACAGAUUUAGGUACUAGUCCAUUGUACUGCGGUCUCAGUAGGAGAGUGAAUGGGGAGAGGAGGUGGUCACUGGAGUUUCAGCUGGAUUUUAUUUUUGAAUUGUUGGAACACAAAGAACAACUCAUCAAGAACUGUAUAAAGUAUAUUUCAAUGGAAUGUUCAUGAUCUAUCUUUUUAUAUUUUGAAGAAAAAAUAGAAACAUAUCAAUAAAGUGUCAUAAUUGAACAUAUUUCUACUAUUGAGACUUAAAAUGUAUGAAUGUCAAUGCGACCUAAUGUGAACCAAUCUCCAUAGCAGCUUGAAUGAAUAACUGAUUAACACUCAUGGGAUGCUUUUUCAGAGACGUUAAAACUGCUUCAAAUCAUUGAAAUGAACUUCAAAUAAAUGAAAAAGUGACAUCA